AGCACCUCAAUAUCUACAAGGGACAAAAUGAAUAAUCUUUUUCACAGACUUCAUCUUGAAGACAGGCACCACAAUAAACUGAGAGCUGCAGAUGCUCUUCAAUUAACUGAACGUUCAUUACUAUCCAAUGAGUCUUGUGCUGAGGAAGAGCUGGUUCAGACUUUCCUACAAAAACUACUGAUGAUGAACUACAGAGCAAGAUACAUCCAUGUUAACAAUGCCAAUGAACAGCAUCACACACUAGAAGACAAUGACACACCUGAAGCUGAGUUUUUUAAUGAUAUUUUUGUAAACAAACCUUUAUCAAAUAAAGAAACAAAUCAGUCUGAGCGAAUACACCCAAUGGAUGUUCAGAUGGCCGUGUUUCAUUGUGCUGAUGGUUUUUUGAAGCAGCUGAUGGUGACUAAACUGUCCCAGUGUCAGUUUGCUUUGCCUCUGCUUGUUCCUGAUCCAUUCACACAACAGAUUGAGUUUCCUUUCUGGACAUUCAGACAAAUCAACAAGAGCUGGAAGAUGAGAAACACAAACAAUGAAAUCAUCAGUCAAACCCAGCCAAUCUAUAAGGCACAAACUCCAAUGGUGUUUUUCUUCAGGUUUGGCUCUGUCUCUUCAUCUAAGUCUCAGCUGAUGAACACUCUGAUCAAUGACAAACACGACACGUUCUUCCACAGGAACUGCCCAGGCAGCAGCAGAACUAGAGUCCUGAUGGAUGGGGUGGUGGAGAUCACCUGGUUCUGCCCCUCUGGAAAAAACAUGGAUAAAUUCACUGACUGUGUUGCGUUCUGUAACCUACACGGUGAUGCAGGAGAUCAUGAGAAACAGCUGCAGGUCCUCACUAAAAUGGCCUCAGUCAAUGUUGUUUUUCUGCCACAACUUCAGAGGGAUGACAGAAACAUAAUAAAUGUUCAAGAACUCUAUAAGGACUCAAAGCCACUUAUUUGUAUUCUUACUGAUGAUGAUUUAACUCUCACUGAGACACGAAAAUCAAAAUACAAAAUUGGUUUGAAAGACAGAAAUCAGUCAGAUGUAUCUAAAGAACUCAGAAGAGCUAUAAGUGAUUGUCUCUCUUCUUUAAAAUCAGUUUCCACUUUCAAAGUUGAAGAUGUGUCCAACUGCUUAGACAUCAAAGUAGACGAGGAAGAUGAUGUUGACUGCAGGAGAGGAAAAGAAGCAGCACUGCACAUAAUGAGUGUACUGAGGACAAAAGAUCUGACAAAAAUCAAAGAAUUAAUUCUGCCCUGUCAGGGGAAACUGUGGCAUCAGUGGUGUCAGACAAACAAAGAACUACACAGAACUCAAGCAGAAGAGCUAGAAAUGGAAAGAAGUAAAAAACGAGCCAUCCUGAAGAGAAUACGUGAGCAACAGCAUGAAGAAAACAUGAAUACUUUUAUAAAGUUGUUUAUAAGUGAAAUUCACUUGCAUGGUGAGAAUAAGAUGUAUUUUCUUAAAUGGCUUGGAAUUCUCCUGGAUGAAUAUACCUCACGGGAUAUAUCUGAUCUUCAAAACAAAUAUGAUGAAAAGUGGUCUACAGUAGUAAAAGAGAAAGAGAAUCACGAUAAAUCUGAAAAACUAACAGCAGAACUUGAGAAAAUAUCAGAGGAACUUCAAGCUGCAACCUUUGGUUUGGAGCACAUCAUGAGGGAGAUCGGUCAGAUCUAUGAAUCAUGUGAAUGUUUGAAGAAGAACAAGAAAAACCUGCAGAUUAAUUUCUCUUCUCUACCGGGUCUUGCAGCAGAGAUGAUGAUCUCUGGAUUUCCACUGGAGCUGAUGGAUGGAGAUGCUGCUCAUGUUCCUCUGGUCUGGAUCUCUGCUGUUCUAGAUCAACUCAUGAAGAAACUGGGAGAUCAGAAAGUCUUUGUUCUGUCAGUUUUAGGGCUUCAGAGCUCUGGGAAAUCCACCAUGCUGAAUGCCAUGUUUGGACUGCAGUUUGCCGUCAGUGCUGGCAGGUGCACCAGAGGAGCUUUCAUGCAGCUGGUCAAAGUGUCAGACGAGAUUAAAUCACAGAUUAAUUUUGACUAUGUUCUGGUUGUUGAUACUGAGGGUCUUCGUGCUCUAGAACUGACUGGAAAAUCAACAAGACAUCAUGACAAUGAACUGGCCACAUUUGUUGUUGGUCUUGGAAAUCUGACACUGAUCAACAUCUUUGGAGAAAACCCAGCUGAGAUGCAGGACAUUCUUCAGAUUGUUGUUCAGGCCUUCAUGAGGAUGAAGAAGGUCAGACUGAAUCCCAGCUGUGUGUUUGUGCAUCAGAACGUUUCAGACGUCAUAGCUGGAGAGAAAAACAUGGAGGGAAGGAGACGACUGCAGAAGACACUGGAUGAGAUGACAAAACUCGCUGCUAAAGAUGAAGUCUGUGAUGCAGAAUGUUUCAGUGAUGUCAUUGGAUUUGAUGUUCAGAAUGAUGUGAAGUAUUUUACUCAGCUCUGGGAGUGCAGCCCACCGAUGGCACCACCAAACCCAAACUACUGCGAGAACAUUCGGGAACUAAAGGAAACUAUCAUGUCUCAUGCUGUAAAAUCACAUGGAAUGAUGCUGACACACUUAAAAGUUCGUAUUAAAGAUCUCUGGGAGGCUUUACUGAAUGAGCGAUUCGUCUUCAGCUUCAGAAAUUGUCUGGAAAUUGCAGCCUACAGGAAACUGGAGACUGAAUACAGCAAGUGGUCCUGGAGUCUUCGCAGUGCCAUGAUGGAAACUGAGAACAAACUACACAACAAAAUAGAAAAUGAAGCAAUUCAUGAGGUUGAAGAAAUUGAUCUAAAAAUAGAACUAAAGGAGACAAGUGAAGAAGUGAAAAAAUCAAUGUCAGAGUUCUUUGAGAAAGACACAGAUGAAGAUAUACUGAUUCAGUGGAAAACAUCAUUUGAAAUCAAAAUCAAAGAGCUUCAGGAAAACAUUGUGAGAGAAACAAAGAGGAAAUUAAAUGAGAUUCUUCAGCAGCGAGACCUUAAGAAAAAGAUUGAUGAUCAGAGGAAACAUCAUGAAAACACUCUCUUUGAAAAAAGCAAAGAACUUGCCUUACAACUGAAACACAAAGCAAAUGAUGAGAAAACUUUGAAGAAAGAGUUUGAUUUGUUUUGGGAACAGAGUGUGAAGAAGAUCAUUACAGGCACUCCUCCAAUCAAAAACAUAGACAUAAUGAGAGAUGCGAGAAGGCUUCUCAAUGAGAUCUAUGAGGGACGUCUCCCUGUAGACCACUGGAAAGAGGGCAGUGAGCACAAAAACAUUUUAUUUCUGCCCAGUUACUCAGAAUAUGUUAGUAUCAAAAGGUCCACAAACAGAGGAUUUAAAGAGGCUGUAAAAGAAUCAUUAGGAUUUGGUCGAACUUUGUCUCCAGCAGAUGAAACCCAAAUAAGAACAUUUGUCAUAGAUGUUGCUAAACAGACAGAUGAAAUGAUUAAGUCAUUUAACAUUUCAAAGAUGGGCUACAACAAAAGCUAUAUUCAACAACUCACAGAUUACAUCAAGGCAAGUGUAAUACAACAGGAAGGACGAGUGAAAUAUGUGUUCAAAAAUGAAUUCUUUGUGGAUUUGGUUCUUUCUGUCUAUAAGAGAGCAAACAUGGUGAUCACUGACCAACAGAGACUGUUCAGGGAAGCCAAUGAUCCUCUUCUUUAUUUGAAGAAGAAGAGAGAAGAGUACUAUAGUAUUUUCCAGAAAUACUGUCGCGGAGCAACAUCAGCUGCUAUUUUUGGUGAGAUCAUCUGUCAGAAACUGAAAGAGCCCAUUGAGCAGAGUGUCUACAAGAAGACUGCCAGAGAUAUAGCAGAUGAAAUGAGAUCAAACUGUGAAUCACUGAAUGGAAACAGAUCAAAUCUUGAGAAACACAUCCUGAAGACACUGGCAGAAGAUGAGGAUUUUGAAAAAUACAUGAGCUACAUUAAAACCCCCAGAGAUCACUUCAAGGGUUUCAUCAGAGAUGAAGUCAGCUGGUACAGCACUCAUAAGUUCAGUGUCAGUGUUUUAGCCAAAAUGAAGAAGAACAUUAAACUCCUUCAGCAGAAGAUAAUGGAAGCAGCACAUGAAUCUACUGAACAUGUUCAAAGGAAGAGAGGAGAUGUUGGUUUGUGGUUGAAGAGUUUCACACAGCAGCUCUCAGAUGAGCUGAUCUUCUCUGAAAAAGACCUCAGUGGAGUGAAUCAUGAAGAUGUUGAUGAUUUCAAACUCAUAGAAGAUGUCAUAAAAAAAGAACUUCCUACUAUAAUGUCAGACAUCAGCAGCAGAGUCAGCACAGAGACAUUUCCAUUAAAGCUGGACUGUAAGUUCAGACCAGAUGAGCUUCUGAUUGAUCACUUCUGUCAGUGCUGUUGGGUUCAGUGUCCAUUCUGUGGAGCCAUUUGCACCAACACCAUAGAAAACCAUCAUGGAGACCACAGUGUUCCUUUUCAUCAUAAUAAUGGACUGAAUGGGUGGUUUUACAAAGGAACAACUAACUUGUCUAUUAGCAUCUGCACAUCAUCAGUAGCAAGUGAUCAAUAUUUUCAUACAUAUGACUCAGAUGAUGCAGUCCCCUGGAGAGAAUACAGAAGAGCAGGAAAAGAUUUUGCAAACUGGAGCAUCACCCCUGACCUCUCUGAUCUGCCAUACUGGAAAUGGUUUGUGUGCAGAUUCCAGAAAGAUCUGGAAAAAUACUACAGUAAAACAUUUGAGGGUUGUGGUAAGAUUCCAGAUGAAUGGAGAAAAUACACAAAACAGGAAGCUUUAGAGAGUUUAGAUCAACACAUUUAA